AUGGCAGCAAACACGUCUCUUGCAGGCCACGAUGUCUCGGUGAUUGGACUUGGUAACAUGGGAGCCGCCAUUGCGAAUUGUCUGAUGCGAGCCGGAGCCAAAGUGACCGUAUGGAAUCGAACAUCAUCCAAGACUGAGGAGGUCGUUGGGCAGGGCGCCAUCCCCGCAUCGUCGACCUCCGCCUGCAUCGCAGCCAGUCCCAUCACCAUCAUCUGCCUGUUAUCCAACGCUGUGGCACAGCGAGUCUUGUCAGACGUAGCAGAUCUCUCCACGAGAACAAUCGUCAACCUAACCAACGGGUCUCCCGGACAGGUCAGGCAAGUGGCCGCGCUCCUACAAGGCCACAAAGGCGCGCGAUAUCUUCACGGAGCAAUCAUGGUGCCACCCAUGCUACUCGGACAACCAACCUCCAUGACUCUCGUCUCCGGCUCGUCAGAUGCGUUCCACGCCUGCACGCCCGUUCUCUCCGCACUGGGCGCGCCGCGUCACGUCGGCGAGGACAUCGCACGGGCGCCCCUCCUCGACAACGCGCUCCUCAGCCUCAUGGGCGGUAUGUUCGAGGGCUGGGUGCAGGCGCUGGCGAUUGCGCAGCGCGGCGGCGUGGACGGGGUCGACUUCGCGAUGGGGCUGGCCGGCCCGUUUGUCAAGGCCGCGGCCGACUGGCUGCCGCGGAUUGCCGAACAUGUGCGCGAUGAAAAGUACAAGGGCGGCUCGCCGCUGACGAUGCAGCUGGAGGCGCUGGACAAUAUCGCGGCGACGGGGGAGGAGCUGGGCGUGCGUGUGCUGCUCGGGUCGCUGAGGGAUGUCAUGGAGCGGGCGGUGAGGCAGGGGAAAGGGGAGGAGAGCAUUGCUGGGUUGGUGCCGCUGCUCACAAGGGAGAAGGAGUAA